GCUGCGAGUUGUUGUUGUUGUGGCCGCCUCCUCCGCUGAUGUGACAGUUCAUCACCACGGCACCUCCAUUCAAAGUUUGAACACCAGCCGCUCCGGGUUUCCCAACACCAGACACUACCGUGACGACUCCGCUGGCUGACCCCGGCUUGGACGGACUCUGAGCAGCUGUCACGCUCGAUGUGGUCCCGGCUGCUCCGUGCUCCAUGCUCGAACCGCGGGACCCCGUACUGUUAAUGACACCUCCGUGCACUCCUGCCCUUACAGCGGCGGAAACACAUGAAAACAAGGGAAAACAUCAUCCAGCAAAUCGGAGCCCGCCGCCAUCUUUGCCCAGCUGCGCUCGCCCGUGAGACGCAUGCGCUGAUUGGAUGCACCGUCGGUGACGCGGCCUCGCCGGGCGCUGUGAUUGGUUCCUUCGAGGAGAAUAAAUUCCGGGACAAAUGGUCACGAGUUGUAGUGCGAUGUGCCAACUCCGUCUGACAGCUCCGCUGGAAAACAACGACACCGCUCAUAGAGCUGCCUCUGGUGGGACUGUAUCACAUCGAGGGGGCUCUCAAAGGGAGCAUUUGUAUCGUACAACACGUCUUUACAGAUUCACACACAGUAUCGAAGCAUUUUGUAUCUAUUUUACUUCAUCGUAGACUACUCAAAAUGGCUGCGUUGUUGCUAUUAUUUUGUUUUUCCAGGAAAACCGCGGCAGCUGCUUCGGGGCUCGCAGACAAUGUUAAGCGGUCUGGAUGAUGUCAAACUAUUGAGAGCACAGAUCAAUAUUUACCAGUUUACAUAGUUGUUCUGCAGCAUUAAGCUCUGGCUUCUCGACACAACAGGAGUGCAGUAAAUGUGACACCUUGUUAUUGAUUGUUAUCAAAAUAAUUAUCAGAACAAAAAUAGCACACACACACACACCAUGCAUUAUCCAAAUAUAUUGUUACAAAUAAUCCCAACUGCCAGUUAUGCUAAAUAUCAGACAUCAUGAGUCAUAAAAGAAAACUUCAGCAUAGGGACUGAAAUUGACGUUAGCAGCCAGGUGCGUUUAAAUCUCAAUCAGUGGGCGUGGUUUAAAGUCGGCCGUGGUCGCCUAUAAAGCGUUUCCGGUCGCUCCGUGGCUUAAAUGCUGCCACCUGUGUUUUCGUUGAAAUUUGCAAGCGAUUGUCCUGAACACUCCAGCCAUGAGUUCAUCAAAGCCGUACAUUGGCUGCAAAAUAGGCCUAAUUUCAAAAGCUCAUAAUCGUUAUGAGGGGAUUUUGUACACAAUUGAUAAGGUGAACUCCACAGUAGUGCUGGCAAAAGUCAAGUGUUUUGGAACGGAGGGACGACCCACUGACAGACCAACACCACCCAAAGAUGAUAUCUAUGAGUACAUCACUUUCCGGGGAAGUGAUAUCAAGGACAUCGCACUGUGUGAACCCCAAAGAUCUCACCACGGCCUUCCCUCGGAUCCUGCAAUAGUACAGUCAGCCAGUGUAGGCUCUUCAGGUGUGUACUCGGCUCUUGGACCAUUUAGCCCCCUAAGGAUGCCCGCCUACAACCAGCUUGCUGCCAGCUCUCUGCUUAACCAACAGUAUGCGGCAGCUCUUGGCCUCGUCAAAAGGGGCCCAAUGGUGGAAAAGGCUGUUCAAACCCUCCAUGUGGAGAUGGCUAGGCAGAGCGAAAGCUUGACUGCAUCCCAGGAGCGGGCGCAGCAGUGGGAGAGGAGGAGGCCCCAGAGGCCCAGACCAGAGUGUCCCCUGACCAGAAGGGGCACCGGAGUCAUCAUGAAGUCCGGCCCCGGUGUACCCAGUGCUCAGCAGGAAACUCGGCAGCAGAAUUAUGAACACGGGCCACCACCUAGAAGAAGACAAGGAGCUCGGAGGCGCAGAAACCGUAGUAGAGGCCAGCCGAUGGUGUCUCACGUUCCAUCUGCCAUCCUUAAGUUUGACACAGACUUUGAUUUUGACUCCUCAAAUGCACAGUUUAUUAAGGAGGAGCUGGAGCGGGACAGGACGACAGAUGGAAAUCAUGAGGUGAAAGAGAAGGAGAAAUUGCACUCGACUGCAAAGGAUGGUCACUUUGGCCCAAAAUGCUACUACGACAGAGCAAAGUCUUUCUUUGACAACAUCUCGUCCGAUAAUAAGUUCAGACUAACGUGGGCAGAGGAGCGGAAGCGCAAUCUGGAGACUUUUGGGGUCCCUGGGCGGUUCCUGAGGGGCCAAGGCUUCAGAGGAGGCUACACUGGACGCAGAGGACGGGGCCUUGCUCAGACCGAGUUUCCUUACAGAACCAGGAGUGUAGAGGUCUGAGAAGCACUAAAGCAACACCAUCCUCCUGUGAUGAUGGCUUCCUUAUGUGUAACAAAUGGGACCGUUGCCCAUUAUGAUGACAGAAGCAGCUCUGUUGUCACAUAUGUUGUUUGUUCUCCCUGAGGCAGUUUUCCUGCCCCAUAUUGCCAGGAUUCUAUUUUUUAUUUGUCAUUUGGCCCCAUUUUAAAUAUGGAUGCGUGCCUCACUAAAAGGUCCACAGUCUGACUAAUUGGUUUUUCCUCUUAAUGUUGGCCUGAAGUUUUUUUGUUUUGGUUUUACCUUUCAAUUAUAUGGGGAGUGUUUAAGUUUGUUUGCUGGUACUUGGAAGAAUUUCACUCCCAAACGUGUAUUGGUUUCCUGUUUAAAAAAAAAAAAAAAAAAAAAAAAAAUCUGCCUCUCGGAGUACAUUUAUGCAAAUGUUGUAAACUAUGAAUAUUAACCUAAAAUUAACUAAAGUUAAAUGUAUUUAAAGGCUAAAUCUUGUGCUUUGAUUUGUCUUGUCAUAUUGAAGUAACAAGUGACCAAUGUAAAUAAACUGGAAGUUGCUGGUG